GAAUGUGUCAGGCAAAAUUAAAAUGAAUUAUACGAACUAUGAGUGCGCUAUAGUAGAACAUCACAGCAUAGAGCUAACGAAGUGGCCUUUGCCAGGAGGUGUGAAAAACCCUUCUAAGGUUGGUGGAAGAGCUCAGGUAAAGGCUUUAUUGGAUGCUCUCGAAUCCAAAUCAUGCAAGUGGGUUUCUCUGUCAGAGGAAGAGCUUGUCAAGAGGAUGAAGGAUAACCGUGCGCGGCAGGCACACGGGGAACAAGUUUAUGUACCAAGGAAAGCGAGGGCUCGUGUGUUGCAACCCAAGAGUAAAGCAACUGUUAGACACAUUGAUAGUAUAGUAACCAGUCAAUAACAUCGAGCACCACGGUGUCGGCGGCACAUUGAGGGGACCAUGGUGGUGGUAGUGUUGAAACGGGUUACGAUAAUGUCGCAGAAAGAGUAAAACAAACAGCAGUUAAGGCUGAUCAACAUGAGGUUGGAUGGAGUACCAAUGACGUGGAGGAAAGAGAAUGAUGCAGAGGGAAAGAGAGCAGUGUGUGAAUACCAAAGAUGUCAGUAAUGCCAUCAGACGUCCAUUGAAGGGACAGUAGGAUUGGGGCGAGGGACAAUCAGGAUAGUGAGCUCACUGUCGAGGACAAUGCACAGGCUAAAAGAGAAUGGCGUGAGCAGCUUUAGAAGGCAUAGUGACAGUGUUGUACCUUGUAAGGGAGAUACCUGCUGC